UUCCGACAGUUCCCAGCUCGAGUUUUUCGCUGCUGUCAGCUCGGACACGGGCACUCGUUCAACAUUCCCCGUACGCAUUUUGACGCAGUACUCACUAACUCACUACACACUGCUGGAGAACUAAAGGCAAACAGUGGUAGAAAAAUUUCAUUAACAGUUAGACGAGAGUUGCUAGGUUUUAGGUCAAUCGAACUCACGUUUUUAGUAAGAGGAAUUGUGUCAAUCUUAGGAGUUGUUUCUUAGGAGAGUGAGCUGAAACCUUAAUGGUACUGCGAGACUUUUAUCUACGUUGGACGUGUUGAAGAUUCCCCAAGAAGAGCUGUAGCUUUCUCCUGUUUACAUCGCUAUCAGCCAUCCGUCAUAUCUUACUAUGCGUUAUCACGAGUGAACUUAAAUUGUGUACUUUUUUUUCUACUUUUUUAUAAAUACCCUGCCGCUGGUGUCUGGUGCGAAUAACACAAAUACCGUCGCAUGCGACGAUUCUCGAUUGCGACAACGACGACUCGAAACCGAAUAACAUUCACCACAAUCAAGCUAAGCCAGCAGCAGGCCCAGAUAAGCGACUUACUCUAAGCGGACAUUUUUAAUUAGGAAUUGAACGCGAGGAUCAUCAGCAUAAGAUGUCACUGUCGAAACCGUUCUACAGUCUGCUGGGAGCGUACUUUGAGCAGCUGUUCAAUCACCCGGUGCGAACCAAAGCCAUCACCAGCUGUGUCAUCGCGUCCUCGGCCAAUUACUGCUCCCAGAAGAUAGCCGGCACGAAAAAAGUCAACACCGACACACUGGUCGCCUAUGGGCUGUUUGGGCUAAUCUUCACCGGGCCGCUGUCCCAUCUGUUCUACCAAUGGCUCGAACGGAUCACAAACGAUCGCCGCUUCAAGCAGCUGAUGAUGCUGCUGGGUGAGCGGGCCAUCUUUGCGCCGGCCAUCACCGCCCUGUCCCUUUACUUCAUCACCCGGUUCGAGGGCAAAAGCCACGAGGACGGCGUCAGCAAUCUGAACGACCUGUACAAGCUGAUCCUGGUCAACAAUUGGAAGUACCUCACGAUGCCGGUGCUGAUCAACUUCCGAUUUGUGCCUCCGAUGCUACGCGUGCUUGUCGCCAAUAUCAUCGGAUUCUGCUGGAUCGUCUUCCUGUCGGCCAAGCGCCGAAAGGCCGAACUCAUGCGCCGCCAGGCGGAGGAACAGCGAAACUCCUGAGUGACGGAGAACGUCUCGUUCUGGCCGUUCGCCGUAAUGACGGGGAAGCGCUGGAACGACGACGACGAUGUUGACAACUACGUAGCACCGGAGAAGCCCACGUCGUACGAGAAGCUGGCCGGAGGCAUAUCAACGUAGAGGUACAUUUCGACACAAAGAAAAAAAGAAAAACCAAACAGCAAAACUUUCGGAAGGAAAAUCCGCAGCAAUCAGUUUUUUUUUAUUUUUAACCUUCCGAGAAAUGGGAACAGAAGCAUUCCAUAAAUAGCAAGGGAGAAACGGUUAUAGGAAAUAAGUUCCGGCGAUUUACAAAAACUUUGCAAGUAUCAGUGCAAAGAUUAAACGACCCAGUAACAACAAUAACAGAAAUCGAAAACAACAAUUAGCAAAAUUUGCAUAAAUAAAGAUAACAAAUUAAAUAAAGAAAACCACAAAACAAAACAAGCAGCCUUUUUAAAAUUCGCGCAUAGAAACAAAUAGCAAAAAUCAAACACAAACACGAAGCUAGAGCAUGAAUGCUCGCAUCGCGCGAGCAGAAUUAACAAAUAACUAGGACAUACGUUUCAAAAUGUAGGCGCGAUUUGUUCAAAGCAUUUAAAGAGUAACAACAAAAGAGAAAAAAAUCAAAUUUGCUUCCUUGGUAAAAUAAUGCAAUAAUAAUCAUCAGUGCGACGCUGUGGUGCGGAGAGUAAGAAUGAAAUUCCUGUUUUUAACUAUUGACUAUUGUAGUAGCAAUCAGAUCCUUCCCACGCAGCAGCACUCGACGAGACGUGUUUGGUUCAUGAUAUAGUUAUAUAAAACACGCUAGGGGUUAGGAAGGUGCGCGAAAGACUUUUUUUUUAUUCUGUUACACAUUUUGUUCUUGGAUGUAAGUUUAGUAAGAUUAUGGGGUAAAUAAAAGCAUUUUAUAUCACA